AUGCCUGGAUUCAUGAUGGAAUUGCUUCGUCAGCAGAGAGAGAUGAUGGCAAUGAACCAGCAGCUCGUUGCUACGAUGCUCCGGAGAAUGGAUCUGGAGGAAGAGAGAAGGAACAAAGCGGAAGAGAAGGUUCACGAGGCAGCUGAAGCGGCCAAGCAGGCAGCAGAGGCAGCUAAGACUCGGGACCCCUUCCAGCCGAGCACUGCUCCCGCGAGCAGUUCUGCCGCGAGUUCGGCAGUUCCUCCAGCAGUUCCUUCUCCCUCUGGGUACUCUGGUGCUGGAGGCCGUGCAGAGAAGUAUCUGCCGAACCUUCCGGUGAUAGACCAUCAAGGCAUGGGGAAAGGGCGCAUGAAGGAGGUAGAGACUUGGCACUCCUUUAUGGAGACGCUGAGUUCCUGGCUUGCCCUGCAGGAGGAAGCGUUUGUUCGGGAACUGCAGCUCUGUAUCCCCGUGAAAACGGAGAUUGUGCAAGCUGACUUGAAUCCCGAGACGGCAGCGCGUAGCUCCAAGCUGUUCUACUACUUGACGCAGUCCCUCGCCAAGUGGGAGCGAGGAAGCGAGCUCUUGAGGUCCUGCUCGAAGAGGCAGGGACAGAGCGCCUGCGGCUACGAGGUGAUUCGAACGAUUACCUCUCAGUACUCCAUCGUGUCACGGAUGGAAGCUGUCUUCGUGAGAGAACAGUCUUUGAAGUUGUACCAGCACGUUGGGCACAUGAAGAGGCCCACCGACUUGAUUCGACAUCUUGAGGAUUCGUUUUCGAAGUCGGAAGCGAAGUUGAGCAACUUUCCUGAGCUUAAGCUGUCUGAGGCUGACCGCUGCUCUGUUCUGUUGCAGAGUUUGAGCGCCGAAGUGAGACAGUACGUGGUUCUCCACGGCUCCAGUUCCGACUGGGAGGCCCUUCGGAAAACGCUCACCUACUACGAAGAGCAGCUGCGACUGUGUGAGGCCCCUGGGUCUUCAGGCCGAGCCUUGCAGGAGAAGCUUUGCGACUACUGCGGGAAGAAGGGACACACAGCUGACAAGUGUUGGCAGCGCCAGAAGGGCGAACGCGGUGGUGCUCCGAAGGGCAAAGGGAAAGGAGAGAAAGGAAAGCCUAAAGGCAAAGGCGACCAGACUCCCAAGGGAUCUGGCACGCCCCGUGGUUCCGAGAAGGGCAAGGGCGACAGAGGAAAAGGCGACAAGGGCAAGGACAAAGGCAAGAAGCAGAAGAAGAAGAAGAAGGGACAGCCUGGAAAGGGACGCUCCUUGACAGAGUCCGAGUCAGAGGCCGAGUCGGGAGGAAGCGCCACAGUGAUGGCGAUGAGGUUUUCCUGUCCGGGGCGAGGCUCUUCGGAGCCCUCUUCUUCCGAACGCCGUGUUCUGAGCCAGCCUGAGAGACCUGAGCCGGCCGCCCUUGUAGUUCCGAAGCCGGGUUCGGGACCCGAAGGGUCGUCUGGGUCUGAGAGUCGAGGUUCUGAGUCGAUGGGCUCCUUAGGAUCCCGUGUGUUGAAGCACGGCGACGUAGCCCAUGUCUGCAAGGCCCUCGAGACUACUCCUGGGGACCUGUGGCUCGUUGAUAGUGGAGCCACCUGCCACAUUGUUUCUGACAAGCACCUCUCAGGAUUUCGUGUUGUCAAGAAGUACGACCGAACGGCCAAUCUGUUCAACGCCUCGGGUGGUGCGAUCGUCGUUUCGGGGGUUGUCGACCUUGAGGUUCAUUUUGGGGAUGUUUUCCUGAGGUUGGAAGAGGUCUUGGUGGCGGAUGUUGGGUUCAACGUUGUUUCGCCUUGGACCGGGUCGGAACGGGGCUGGAAAACCUAUCUAGCCAAAUCGGGAUCACGAUUGUACAAAGGAAACGGAAAGAAGAGCAUCAAGCUGAUGGGCGCUUCGCGCGCCUGGUGGGCUCUGAGCGGGAGGUCCAAGGGCAGGGGGAAAGAGAAUUCUUCCAGACGCCCCCCGAAAGGGAUCGAGGAUAUGGAGAUAGAUGCCUUGAAGGACCGCGACCUGCUAGGACUAGGAUCGAGCAAGGAGUCCACCGCAGGCUCUCCGGGGAAACCGCCUACUCCACCGGCUUUAGAAAGCCCCUCUUUCGAACUACCGGGGGUCGAGCCGCCGGGUGGGGGACCAUCGUCGCCGGUGGCUAUCUACCCGUCGCCAGUGGUGACGGAAGCAGCGGAGAGCCCGUUGCUGGCGGAUUCUGCAGAUGGCCCUUCGCAGGCAGAGGCUGCUGGGAGCCCCUUUCGGGUGAAUGCGGCUGGAAGCCCUGUGGAGGAGGAUACUGCGAGGAGUCCGCUGAAGGCGGAUGUUGCAGAGAGCCCUUUGUUCUCAGAGAGCGAAGGGGAGGAGAGUUGGGGCCCCUCGUGGCCGAAUCCCUCGAAGCGCCUGCGCGCUGGGGUUCCUUCAGAGGUCGAGGGGCCUACGCCCCCUCGGGUUGGAAUUCCGGCGAACAUCUUGCCGGGCUCGCUGAGCCCGCCGUUUGGUGCUCUUCAGAUGGGUGUGGGAACCCAACUUCUCCUGCGAGCGUUGAGGCUGGAGGCUGGCCGCAGGUGGGAGGCUGCGGAAACACUAGGCAUUGCAAAGGUCUCGGUCGACUCUACCGAACCUGUUCCGUUGCUCUCGCACUUGGCGGGUCCUCCAGCGAACAUGAACGAUGCCUACGAUGCCCCAUCCCUAGCAUUCUCUGCUCCAGGGCACGCCUUGAGAGCACUUUGCUCUCCGACGGCAACGAUGCUCGGUCCGAUAGGCCUGCCCGACCUAGAGCAUCCAGCUGCUUGGUUACCAGCCACUCCAGUGAUUCCGGUGACAGCGGCCUAUCCAGAGGAACCAUUGAGGGUUUCGAGGCCGAAGAUGGUGGAAUCGGAAGCCCAAUGUAUCAUUGGGCAGCAGGAGUGGGAGGUUUGGUUGGUACGUUGCCUAGAGGGCAAGAGCCUAGCAGAGUACGGGCUUCAUAUGGAGGACGUGGGGUUCGCAGUCAGGGUUACCGAACUUCUGGAGGCUCCAAGGGGUGCUCGGACGGCGUGGAAACGAAGGUUCCAGGAACCCGACGCUGUAUCGAUCCUCCAUUAUCUCUUCCAUUGUCGAUCUGUAUUGCAAACCUAUCUGGCUACGCCUGCUGGAUACAGGGGACUGGUGGGAGCGCGAUCGAGUCUGCUCGUAAAGGUGCCCAAGUCGGUCACCUCGAUCGAGCUCAAAGCUGCUUGGGCAUACCUAGACUCAGGCAUAUACCUCCGUGUUGCCCGGUAUUACAGACGGAAACGGGAGCAGGAGCGCCUCCACGAGGCCCGGGAAUCCAUGCGAGCGGCAAGUGCCAAAUCGGCAGCGACCCCUCAGGGCUCAAGGAUGGAGGGCGUAGGUGUUGUGGACACCUCCUCUUCGAGCUCCGACGAGGAGUCCUUGCUCCUUGGAGAAGGAGAAGUUAUGGCGCUGAACAGGGCCCAGAGCCAAGAAGAUUUAUCAGACAUCGCAAUAUGGCGGACGCUGGAAGAACUUACAGGGCAGAGGCUGUCCCAAUUGGAUGGCUUCGUUGGGGCCGAAGAAGGAGAUCAGCCCGCAGAGGCGGGACAGGCUCCUGGGCCGGCACCGCCGAGCCCGGCUCCAUCCUCGGUGGCACCAGGACAACUGGUUGCUACUGCAUUCAACCUCCCGAGGGUUUCGGCACCCAUGCUUCCGGAGGGGAUGCAGAGAGAAGAUUAUCAGAGGCACGGAGUGAACAUCCCUCCGUCUGUUCCACCGAGAUCUCGUCUACCAACGCCUCCGAGGGCUCUGAGUGCUCCCGCCACAGGACAGACUGCCCAGGAACGGGCAUUUGUGCUCAGCCCGCCAUCUUUCAGCCACAGUCAAGUUACUGCGCAGGCGAGGCAGAUCCUAGAAGAGGGCCAGAGGCUCUUGGAGGAUUGCGUGUUGUUCUUCGAAAGGGCGCGUUCCGGCGCGUCGCUUGAGGAGGAAGCUGCAGAGAGAGAACCAGACCAUCGGUACACUGUCUCUCUUCCUGCGAUGCACCUCGAUGACCCUGACCUGCUCCAUAACAUCAACCGGGUUAUUCGCGAAAUGGGAUUAGUCGGUAAAGCGGUUACAUUUCGGAUGGACCAAGAAGCGGCUCUCGGAGCCCUUGCCGAGAAACUCACCAAGUGCGAUAGCAGCCCUGCCAGCGCAACAUUGAUUGACGUGGUUCCGGGCUAUCGGCCCCAGUCGAAAGGAUCGAUUGAGAGGCAGGUUGAAACUAUGAAGCAGGGUUUCUGGUCUGUUUGGAUGGACCUGGAGAAAGAGGUGGCUAAGGUGAAGCAGGAAACGGAAGCCGUUGAGCUUGGGAAGUAUCAGUUACCUUUGGGAGGUUUGCUUUGGCAAGCCUGUGUUUUCUACGUUGCUAGGUGCUACAACCUCUGGUGUACUAGCGUCGGGGAUUCGAGCACUAGCAUAGAUCGACUGCAUGAGGAGAUUGUGAACCGGACUCGAACGAGACCGUUUGGGUGUCUGGUGCAAGCUCAGGUCAGUAAGUCCAAGGCGCACCAUGAUAAGUUCAGGGGCGCCCGGACCGUGAAAGCGGUCUAUCUGGGACCUGUGCACGCCAAAGGUGGCGGCAUCUUUGCCGUCCCUGUCGGAAGCAGGGAAAUAGAUAUAUUCCCCGUCGCCAGAAUGAUUCAGGGAGGUGACAUCUACGAUGCCAAGACCCUGGAAGAGCUAUCUCAAGCUAAGCCUCUUCUGCAGGAUACUGAGGACCCCGAGAGGCCCAUCCUGUUUGAUCCGUUGGAGGCUCCUGGUGAUGAUGCUCCUGAUGAGGGGACUGGUGUGGGAAUGGAUGAAGAUGGUGAUGAAGAGAUGAUUGAAGAUGAGCUUGCUGACUAUUCUCCGUCGGAAGCACCUGAGAACCAGGAGCUCGUGAACGAUGAGGGGGAUAUGGAAAUAGACUGGCUCACGAAUCACUAUCUUGAGUCCCUGUUUCGAGGACCUGACCUGCGAGCCACCUCCACUGCAGUUGCAAAGUCGUUUGAUUUGAAGUUUGGGGGUACGAAGAUAAGGUGUGCUGUUCCUCAGAACGCUGUGUCUGAGACCUCGGGAGAGAAGCUAGAACCCGACCUCCUUUACGCAUCAAUGAAGCUCGAGUUGGAAGAGUUAGAAUCCUUCAAGGUUGGAGAAGUGAUCCCUGAGCGCGAAGCUCGCCGUCUUGCUAAGGAGAAUGGCAGGCGAGUCUUGACUAGCAGGUGGGUCAACACGGGGACUGGGGAACGAGUUUUCGUCAAAUUGCGUAAAGCGAUGAACGGAUUGCGCUCUGCUCCAUUAUCUUGGUAUUGCGAGUUGUCUGAAUACUUGCGCUCUCAGAACUUCGAAGCGAGUUUGGACCCCACUAUAUUCCGUCGUCUUACGAAGAAGGGUUUGACGAUUGUGUUGUUUUAUGUGGAUGACUUGCUUAUCUACAGUGAAGAUGAAGCUGAGGGGCGCCGGUUCUAUGAGGAGUUGCGUAAGAAGUACAAACUGAAACUUACGGGCGAGUUGCUUCAAGAUUGCCCCGGGGAAGUCUCGUUUCUCGGUCGGCGGAUCUUUCGCCGUAAGAAAGGGGAACGUACGGUGUAUUUCGGGCUAGACGAACAGUACUUGAGUUCCUGUUGCGAGGAGUACGGAAUCACCAAACCUGCACCAAAGCUCCCCUCCCUUGAACGCCGCUACGCUGAGUUGCUGAAGAAAGGACAGACUGAGCUGAUCAGUCCAGCUGCUCACGAAAGGUACAGAAGGACUCUGGGCCGUUUGGCCUGGGCGGCUCUUUCUCGACCAGACCUGCAGUUUGUGUGUGGGUUUCUGGGCCGCCACCAGGCAGCUCCUGACGAGGCUGCCGAGACCUGUAUGAGGGAUGUCCUUCGUUGGGUCAAGGGUCUUCCGCACAAGGUCCAGAGGAAAGUGAGGCACAUCGAACUGCGUGCCGCAUUCCUUCAGGAGCUCGUGGCCCGGGGUCGUUUUACCAUAGAACACAUACCGGGAGUGAUAAACCCUGCGGACGCCCUCACGAAGAGCCCCACCAACGAAAGUUUGGCUAGCUUGUACGAUGCCUCUGGCCUUGUAGAUGAACCGAAGGCCUGGGAGAGUGAGCCUACUACGGUGCACGUUUCUUUUGAAGAGCCCAAUGAAAACGAACGCUUUACUCCGUCUGUUCCGCCUUCCUGGAAAGCCGCUGCUGUGAAGCUAGCUCGUGGUGAAGCUAAGUACGUAGUGGUUGAACUUUGUUGUGAAGAAGGAAGUGCGUUGUCCAAAGCCUGCUCGAAGGUCCCCGAGAUCGCCUACUUUGGGGUGACUAAGGAAGUUGAUCUUCUGAGCUAUAAUGGCUUGUGUCUUCUGAGAGAGGUUUUCGGAGUUUUAGCUGAAGGUGAGGUGAAAGUGUACGCUCACCUGUCUACUCCGUGCUCUGCUGGUUGUGGCUUGAGGUCCUGGAAAAGGAUCGAGAAGCUGUUGGAGCCUUACGUGGACUCCCCGAACCUUCUUCUUUCUCACGAGUGGCCUGAGAAGUCAGGACUGUGGGACGGCUUCUCCCGUCUGCUUGUCUCCUGCUUGGAAGUGGGCCUCCCCUCCUCGCAGCUCAAGAUAAGCGACACAGUUCUUGCAGCUCAACUGGCCCUGCCAGCUGUCAGGGAAGCAACUGAGUGCAGGACUGCUUUAGCCGAGUGCACACUGCACCAGAGCGAGGACUCGGCGCAGGUGGGUGUUGCAGGCAGGAAGCGUGCUGUGGACGAACCAGUCCCUGGUCCUAACUGCUUUCGUGAGGGCCCAAGCGAAUUCGUUCCCAGUUCUCUCCUGCGCAAGUUGCACACCAGACAGGGCUUCCCCCGUCUGCUUGUCUCCUGCUUGGACGUGGGCCUCCCCUCCUCGCAGCUCAAGAUAAGCGACACAGUUCUUGCAGCUCAACUGGCCCUGCCAGCUGUCAGGGAAGCAACUGAGUGCAGGACUGCUUUAGCCGAGUGCACACUGCACCAGAGCGAGGACUCGGCGCAGGUGGGUGCUGCAGGCAGGAAGCGUGCUGUGGACGAACCAGUCCCUGGUCCUAACUGCUUUCGUGAGGGCCCAAGCGAAUUCGUUCCCAGUUCUCUCCUGCGCAAGUUGCACACCAGACAGGGCUUCCCCCGUCUGCUUGUCUCCUGCUUGGACGUGGGCCUCCCCUCCUCGCAGCUCAAGAUAAGCGACACAGUUCUUGCAGCUCAACUGGCCCUGCCAGCUGUCAGGGAAGCAACUGAGUGCAGGACUGCUUUAGCCGAGUGCACACUGCACCAGAGCGAGGACUCGGCGCAGGUGGGUGCUGCAGGCAGGAAGCGUGCUGUGGACGAACUAGUCCCUGGUCCUAACUGCUUUCGUGAGGGCCCAAGCGACUUCGUUCCCAGUUCUCUCCUGCGCAAGUUGCACACCAGACAGGGCUUCCCCCGUCUGCUUGUCUCCUGCUUGGACGUGGGCCUCCCCUCCUCGCAGCUCAAGAUAAGCGACACAGCUCUUGCAGCUCAACUGGCCCUGCCAGCUGUCAGGGAAGCAACUGAGUGCAAGACUGCUCUGGCCGAGAAAACACUGCACCAGAGCUUAGGCUCGGCGCAGGUGGGUGCUGCAGGUUCGGGCUCCGCCUCUGGAGCUAAGGAGCACAAAGCGACGGCGCCCUCGGUCCACUUUGCAGAGCUCGUGAAGGGAGAGUGUCCGCCACUCCCUGUUGAGUGCCACCUCCGGCCUCUAGCUUCACCCUGUCAGCUUGUUGACUGGUGUCUUGCGUUGCAUCUCCUCGAGACGGCCGAGGCCCAAGGCUACAAGUGUGUUGUCGAGGCGCAGGCGAGCCAGGCGAUCCAAGGUGUUGCCGAGUGGACCCGGCCCACCAAGACUUCACUUUGGCAGGAAAUCGAAAAUGGGCGUGUGGCGGUGGAAGCUGCAUUUGCCAGUUGGUCCUGUCUGUGGAAGGGUUUGGAGCACAAGUGUCAUUCGGAGGUACUUGAGGCUGUUGAGGCCUUAGAGUCGGGGCGCCACAUCGUUGAAGACACUUUUGCAUGGCGUGCGGCAGAGCUUGCUGUUGAGGCUGGUGAUGAGGUUCCGUGGCAUGUUGCCGGGUCAGCUGUUGCAGACGUCAUGGCCAAUUUAGAUGCCGCCCCCUGCGGGCGUAAGCUGACCUUCAUUUCUGCUAACGUUACCCGAUGGCGCAAGGAUCUGUGUCCGUGGCUUGACCGCCAUAGACCGGAUCUUUGCUUGGUGCAGGAGACGCACAUUACAAAGGAGCAAGGUGACUUGAUUUCCACACAUGUCGGGCCCUUUGGAUAUAAGGCUUUCAGCCUGCCAGGGCAUCCAACUGGAGGUGGAGGCAACUCAGGUGGAUUGGCGGUUGUUUUCAAAAAACACCUUGACGUGCGUAAAGCCCACCAUUUCCUUCACCACGGGGUAGGGUUCCAGGCUGUGGUGUUGCGCAUCAGGGAUGUUGAUCUUUUUCUUGUCAAUGUGUACUUGAAGUCCGGUGAAGGCUUUCGCAGCCAGGCCAAUGCCAAAGUCUUAUCCCACUUGAUCUCCUUUCUCAGGUCUGUGAGAGGAGAGUUUUUUGUGGCUGGGGAUUUCAAUGAGGAUUUCAGUGUCAUUGGCACAACAAACAUUGAUCAGGAGGUUCGGGGCACGUGGCUCCACUCUGGGGCCUCCACUUGCACUGGAGGUGGAAACAUUGACUAUGGCAUUUUGUCCAGGGGCUUGGUUGUGACCUUAGUCAACCCAUGUGGGAAUGUGAACUCGGCACUCAGUGGUUCUGUUGAGCUUUCGGUCUUCGGAGUUGCCCAAGGGCCCUUCUUGACACAACCAGUCCAGGAUCGCAUUUAUUUCCGGUGGAGGCAGUGGUUCGAAUUGUGGUCAGACCCCAAAGGUGUUGACCAGGCACUUUUCAAUGAGCUUAAGCAGCGUGCUAUGUUGCAGGCGCGUGAACUUGGGCCAAUUCCUAUUGAGCAGGCUGUCGCGGCUUUCAAAAAGGUCCCCACCAAAGCACCGGGCCUGGAUGGAUGGACAUGCGAGAUUUUGCAAAACCUGCAGCGUCCUGCUGUUGAAGCUAUUGUGGCUUUCCUCCAUCAUUGCGAGCUUGAGGCCAGUUGGCCUGACCAAAUGGUUUUUGCCCUGAUUGCGUUACUUCCGAAAAGUGACAAACGCGAAAGACCCAUAGCACUUUUGCAUAUUCUUUAUCGUGCUUGGGUGCGACUGAGAUGGAAGCUGGUGGCCGACUGGCAAGGCCAAUACUCCAGAGAAGCGGUGUGGGAUAAGGCCAUGCCGGGCAGUCAGGUUUUAGACGUUGCGCUUUCGAGGCUGCUCAGGGGGGAGGCCUCCAGACAAUCUGGGCAACACCUCAUAACUAUCUUCAUGGACAUGGAGACGUUCUACGAUCGUUGCAGGUUCAACGAUGUCAUUUCAUCUGGCAUUUCGCUCGGCUAUCCUCCCUUGAUCCUACACCAAGCAUUGCUCACUUACAUGGGCCCGCGCUUUCUACAGUCAGAGGGCUCCGUUUGCCCGGCCAUCACCCCCGGUAGGGGGGUGUUGGCUGGGUGCCCGGCGGCUCCUUCCAUCAGCAAGCUUGUUGUUCACCCGGUCGCGGCUAGAGUUCAGGCUAAGAGGGCUGCUGUCAACCUUGAUGUGUGGAUUGACGACAUGACCCUCUGUGCCAAGGCCAUUGGAAGGCAAAAGUUGGGCUCCCUUGACGUCACCUUUCAGCUCAUGAGCCACAAAUGUGAGGCCAGAGAGCUUUACCAGUGGCCGAGUUUGUGGCUUCGAGGGCUUGUGCCCAGUGAGGCCACCCGCUUGAAGUACGAUAGGGCUGAUACUGGUUUUCUUGUUGAGGGGCUGUGGUGUCAACAGCAGGCCCUGCCAGGUGAUCAGUAUGUUUUUGCCAGUGAUGCCUCAGGGGGUCCUGGAGCAAAAGAUUCAAGAGCUUUAUGUGUCUCGUGGGCCAUUGCGGCCUACCGUCUUCAUGAUGGAGUCCCGGAGCGUGUGGCUAGUGUAACAUGCCUACCCAAAGAGCCCUUGUCUGUCGCGCAUGGUGAGCAACGGGCUCUUUACGAGCUUUUCUCAAGGACUGCCGGUGAUUUUGACGUGACAGUGGACUGUCAAGGAGCUGUGCAGAUUCUGGCGCGCUCCUCUCCGCCCAAGGAGGGGCCAAUCCCAUGGGGCUGUGUAUGGCAAGAAAAAGCACGGGCUUUAGCAGUGUGGGUCCCGUCUCACAAAGACGAGGCUUAUUAUGCCAGUAGAGGCCUCAGCGAAUGGAGGAGGCUCCUCAACUCUGACGUUGAUCAACUCUGUGGGGCCAGAUCAGCUGUGGCUUUUUCCGGAGCCUUUCAGCCGGAUGUGGGACCUAUUGACAGGUUGUGUGAAGAUGUUUGUCUCCAUCUUGCCAGGAAAGCAGGACAUAUCCUUCACAACCUGUCGUCUCCGUCCUUUCCUUGGGUCCUUAAGCGUGAGGCCAAGGAGCCUGAUGCACAGGAGCCAAAACAGCGCUUGGUUAGGUCUGGGCAGUGUUUCAACAAACAAGCCUCUGCCCCUGCCAAGCUUAACAAAAGGCAACUGCUCCAACAGUUGGUCAAUGAGCCCACUAGGUUGGGUCACUUGUGGGUUUCUUCUCCGUCUAAAGCAGUCAACAACUUUGCAGUUCAGUGCCAGCGCUGUCAGCUUUACAUAGAACAAUGUAACAGCCUGGAGGUUUUUAACCGCAAAUUUCAGCAUCCCUGCCAGGACAUUGAGGCUCCUUUGCAAAAUUGCUGGGACAUUCAUUGCUCUCACGCUAUGGUCAACAAAGGCGCUCUUUUUGCUUGUUCUAAGUGCUUGGCGGUUGUUAAAAUUGCUGCAAAGGCAUCUUCUAAGGUUUUGCAAAGCCCUUGUCUAGGAUUGGCAAGAAAACCUGCUUGUCGCAUGACCCACACCCGUGCUAAGGUUGAGGCCAAGCAAAGCCUGUCCCUUGAGGAAACCUUUCAAAAACAGGCCGGUGCGUCGGACUCCCAAGCAGGUUUGCCAGUUGUAGGUCCUGCAGGUGCUGCCAGUGUUGUGCCAAAAGCCAAACCUGCUGCUGGUAAGUCCCUGCCCAAGUCCAGGCCCCCUAACCCUAAACAAAAACUUUUGUCCUUUGCAAAGUGA